CCUCCAAUUGCCCCGCUUUCUGUUGCUCCAUUGGUCCUGAAAGUAGCUGCUUCCGUCAAUGAAAUCUGAGAUGAAGAGGCCGCCCAACGCCUAUGAGACGCCGGCGGACUUCGCGAAAGUGGAUUCGAUUCUGCGCCAUCUCCAAGACACGGAGAGUCACGAUUGGCUCGGAGAGAUCACCCACUGGGGAACACAGGUUUGCUAUUUGCUGUUGCAGAACUACAACAUCACACGCCUCAACAUUCAAAGUAGCAACUUCCACCUCAUCUUACUCACCACCUUCUUCUUUGCUCAGCGAAUCUGGUUUUUCUUGUGGAGGAUGACCCAGUGCUCUGACGCUCACGGCGUCCGCUUUGCGUGUCAUUUGACUCUCUUCUUCGUCAUGGUUGAUUCUCUCUACUGUGGUUUGACCCUCGCCAUGCAGGACUCCUUCGCAGGUGUCUACCUGGCGUUACCUUUGCUUGUGAGUGUCCUCUUCUACCACGGUUAUUCGAAAACGCAAACAAAUGUCUUCACGGCGGAGCUCUUCAAUAUGUUGAGACGAUGUGUCUAUCACAGCCUGGAAGCUGCAUAUUGCAUCGGAGUUUUACCUUUGAGGUUCGUGCGAUAUGACUACAUCUACUACGAUACCUCUCGCUGUGCCUUUCUGACAUUUCUUGUCACCGUGCACAUCUUCCUGAGCUUCCUUUGCCUGGAGUUGCACUGUCUGGGCUCUGAAGCUCUACAACAGACUCGGAUGUUGGGGGAGUGGCGGCGGAUUGCUGAACCUGGGCCAAAGCAAAAGGCCUCUGAGUGGUCGUGCCACAGCUGUCCCUAUCCGAGAGGUGCUGUGGUUCUUUGCAAAGGCCGAUAUUAUGAAGCGUUGGCAACUUUGAAUACCUGUAUGCCGACCAGCCCGCGUCGCUGUCUUUGGCCAAUCGCCUACAUCUUGGGCGAUUCCCAACGUGCGAAGGCUUUUAUGCUGGUUGCCUUGUUAAUGAUGAAUGUCGUGUUGGUUCAGCUCGUUCUUUGGUCCAAUCAGUGGAUAAUGUAUGCGAUCAUGAUCAUACCCAAUGCCGUUCACUUUAUGUACGUCAAGCUCAGGACGUCACAUGCCUUCUUCAACCCUGCGCAUCUGAACCUCAGGCAGCUCCAAUGGGAUCUGUCGGAUCAAUGGCCUGCUGGAGCAGGGCCCAGUGACUUCAUGGGCACCUCCAAUACCUGCCCUACCUCAUGGUCAGCUCUUGGUGAGCUGAAACACCGCGGUCAGAAUGGUCAGAAUGGAGACCUGGGCAAUCACUUUGCCAAGGGUUUCGGUGAUUCGAGCUACCCGGAUCCGUUGUUCAUGUCUGCGGUGGCGGCCUCGACGUCCUUCUUCUUUGGAAAUGCCGGGUCAAUGCGUUACCCUGAUUUGGCCCCUUCCUGAGCCAGCCAUCCCUGGAAGCCGCUUUUGGAAUACAGAAAAAAACCACAGAAAACAAAAAA